AUGAGCGGCGCCAGCGAUCCCGAGCGAGAGCAGGCGCUCGAGGACUACAAGAAGAGCUUGCUGGAGCUACGAGAAUGGGAAGCCAAGCUGAGGUCGCUACGGCUGGGCAUCAAGGAUCUGCAACACGAGUUUGAUGUCUCCGAAGAGAACAUCAAGGCCCUACAGAGUGUCGGUCAGAUCAUCGGCGAGGUGUUGAAACAGUUGGACGAAGAGCGAUUCAUCGUCAAGGCAUCCUCCGGACCGCGGUAUGUCGUCGGGUGCCGCUCCAAGGUCGACAAGGCCAAGAUGAAGCAAGGCACCCGUGUCGCCUUGGACAUGACGACCCUCACCAUCAUGCGAAUGCUGCCCCGCGAAGUCGACCCCUUGGUGUACAACAUGUCGCUGGAGGAUCCGGGCCAAGUGAACUUUGGUGGAAUCGGUGGCCUGAACGACCAGAUCAGAGAACUCCGGGAGGUGAUUGAACUGCCGCUGAAGAACCCGGAGCUGUUCCUUCGGGUGGGAAUCAAACCUCCCAAGGGUGUUCUACUCUACGGACCACCUGGGACAGGAAAGACGCUCCUGGCCCGAGCCGUGGCUAGCUCCCUGGACACCAACUUCCUGAAAGUGGUCUCCUCUGCGAUCGUGGACAAAUACAUUGGUGAAUCCGCUCGCCUGAUUCGAGAAAUGUUCGGCUAUGCCAAGGAACAUGAACCCUGCAUCAUCUUCAUGGACGAGAUUGACGCUAUUGGUGGCCGACGGUUUUCGGAGGGCACAUCGGCCGAUCGAGAGAUCCAGCGGACAUUGAUGGAGCUGCUGAACCAACUGGACGGAUUCGACUACCUGGGCAAGACCAAGAUUAUCAUGGCAACCAACCGACCCGAUACACUUGACCCAGCCCUGCUGCGUGCCGGUCGUCUGGAUCGGAAGAUCGAGAUUCCUCUUCCUAAUGAGGUUGGUCGCCUGGAGAUUCUGAAGAUCCACACAAGCGGCGUGCAAAUGGAAGGGGAGAUCGACUUUGAGAGCGUGGUGAAGAUGACCGAUGGACUGAACGGUGCUGAUUUGCGCAAUGUGGUCACCGAAGCGUAUGUUAUCGAAUCUACUCCGGAAAGCCACCAUUACUGA